CAUUCAGCAUCACAAAAUGCCAUUUAUAUAGGUAAUACUACUUUACUUUUUGUUUCUGCAUUUAUUUGGUCAUGUAAGUGUGCUUAGAACUAAUAAAAAUUUGCAACUGGUGAAAAUUAAUGCAUGACUCGUCAGCAGAGUAUGGAAUGUAAGCAUGUGCCAUGAAAUUGCAAUUCUUUUAUCCUUUAUUUUCCAUCAUUUACAUACGGAUUCCAUUUAGAGUGUAGUCCAUUCUUAUUUUUUGUUUCACAGAUCGGCCAAAAUGGGAAGGACUGGAUUCCGCUCUCUUCCACGAAGAGUCAAUGGGACUGGCUAAGAUCAAGGUCUGAGGCUUUUUCCAUCUGUCAUCAGUCCCUUUUUGCUUUCUUUUACGACCACAUGAAACUUGAGAAGCCACCUAAAGCUAAAUCAUUUAGUGGAGUUGGGCAGUUCCCAAGUGUCCAACAAGAAGGCCUGCUUUAGGCUGCGAUGGCCACUGUCAUUCCUGGUGAUUUGUCAGAAGUAAGAGAUACCCAGAAAGUCCCUUCAGGGAAACGUAAGCGUGGUGAAACCAAACCAAGAAAAAACUUUCCUUGCCAACUGUGUGACAAGGCCUUUAACAGUGUUGAGAAAUUAAAGGUUCACUCCUACUCUCACACAGGAGAGAGGCCCUACAAGUGCAUACAACAAGACUGCACCAAGGCCUUUGUUUCUAAGUACAAAUUACAAAGGCACAUGGCUACUCAUUCUCCUGAGAAAACCCACAAGUGUAAUUAUUGUGAGAAAAUGUUUCACCGGAAAGAUCACCUGAAGAAUCACCUCCAUACGCACGACCCCAACAAAGAGACGUUUAAGUGUGAAGAGUGUGGCAAGAACUACAACACCAAGCUCGGGUUCAAGCGUCACCUGGCCUUGCAUGCCGCGACGAGCGGCGACCUCACCUGCAAGGUCUGCCUGCAGACUUUCGAGAGCACGGGAGUGCUGCUGGAGCACCUUAAAUCGCACGCCGGCAAGUCGUCCGGCGGGGUGAAAGAGAAAAAGCACCAGUGCGAGCACUGCGAUCGCCGCUUCUACACCCGGAAGGACGUCCGGAGACACAUGGUGGUGCACACGGGAAGGAAGGACUUCCUCUGUCAGUACUGUGCACAGAGAUUCGGGCGGAAGGAUCACCUGACUCGACACAUGAAGAAGAGUCACAAUCAAGAACUUCUGAAGGUCAAAACAGAACCGGUGGACUUUCUGGAUCCAUUCACCUGCAACGUUUCUGUGCCUAUAAAAGAUGAGCUCCUGCCGGUGAUGUCCUUACCUUCCAGCGAACUGUUGUCAAAGCCAUUCACAAACACUCUGCAGUUAAACCUCUAUAACACUCCGUUUCAGUCCAUGCAGAGCUCGGGACCUGCCCACCAAAUGAUCACGACUUUACCUUUGGGAAUGACGUGCCCAAUAGAUAUGGACGCUGUCCAUCCUUCUCACCACCUUUCUUUCAAAUACCCAUUCAGUUCUACCUCAUAUGCCAUUUCUAUUCCUGAAAAAGAACAGCCACUAAAGGGGGAGAUUGAGAGUUAUCUGAUGGAGCUGCAAGGUGGCGUGCCCUCCUCAUCCCAGGAUUCCCAAGCAUCAUCAUCUAAACUAGGGUUGGAUCCUCAGGUCGGGUCCCUCGAUGAUGGUGCAGGGGACCUCUCCCUGUCAAAAAGCUCUAUUUCUAUCAGUGACCCCCUAAACACGCCCGCCUUGGAUUUUUCCCAGUUGUUUAAUUUCAUACCCCUCAAUGGCCCUCCCUAUAAUCCUAUCUCAGUGGGGAGCCUUGGAAUGAGCUAUUCCCAAGAAGAAGCUCAUUCUUCUGUGUCUCAGCUGCCCCCCCAGACACAGGAUCUUCAGGAUCCUGCAAACACUCUAGGGCUCGGCUCCCUGCACUCCCUGUCAGCAGCGUUCACCAGUAGCUUCAGCACGAGCACCACACUGCCACGUUUCCAUCAAGCUUUUCAGUAGGAGUCCAAGACGUGGACUGAUUACAGAAACCUACGUGUAGCCCUGCCUUAGAUGACCAUUUUUAUUUUAGUGCCUACUUUAAAACAGCAUAAAAACUUCUGCUUUUGUACAGUACCAAUUUUCAUUAAGCCAGUAUGAAAUAGAAACAGGCUUUAUACAUGAGCUUUGGAACCAUUUGCGUUCAGUUAUGUUUACCUGGGUAUUUUGUCCACACUCACUGCCAAUUGUCGUAUAUUAAGAUGAUUUUUCCUCUAGGAAAGCCAUUAUUAGCAGUAAAGUCUUACGAGUCCCACGUUUAAAUCGCUUUGAGAUCUUAAAAUUUUCAGUUCUGUCCAAUAACAGUGGCUCUACCUUUUGACAUUUGGCUCAUUAAAGAUUUUUGCAAUAGAAUGUACAUUUUCUAAAAUGUAUAUGAAUAACCUGAGUUUUUAAAUUUUUACUAGUCUCUAAAUGGAUUCAUAAGCAAAUGUUCUCAGAUGAAUUCAGAAUCCAGUUUGGGGAGAUAAUAGAUGUUUCUUAGAUAUACUGUAAUUUCAGGUCAGUAUAUUUUGAAGAUUUUGCUAUUGUCUGGCUCAAAUAUUUGCCGUCUAUAUUAUGCACAUAUAAGGAAAACAAAACCUAAACACAAAGCACCAGUAUUUAUAGCAAAAAGAGACUCCUGGUGAGGUGACGCGGCAUUCCAUGUUGCUCAGUAGUUGGCCUAAAACUCGUAUGCAGGAUAUUUUGCCACGUUGCAAAGUUGCUCUCUUUCCCAUUUAAUAGUUCUCAUCAUGUUACGGCAUCGGAGUCUUCAGAGUCGACGUAUGGCUAGAUCUCUUUCAUCUUUCACGGCCAAAGGGUGGGUUAAGUGCAGCCAGCAAUUCUAUUUUAAUUGUCAGUCCACAGUUAGUCCAGAAUCGAGAGCCACUGUGGAACCACAGAUGUCAGGGGUGUUUAUCCCAGAGUGGACUGUCUCUUCUUCUGUGGCGGGAUAGUCUCCUAAGAAGAAAGAUAGAUGUAUGAAGCACUUGGUUCAGCUUGGCAACUGGUCUAGGGAUCCUGGCCCUUGUUGCCAGGGUUGGAAACUAGACUCUUCAGGAGUAAAGGAAAAGCAUAUCGCUCACAUCACUUCUUGUGAACUUAAUACAGUUUUCUCUCCCAUAAGAGCCCCAAGCAGAAAACAAAACAACAGCCCUACCCCCAUGGUAUCUUUCUUACUCCGUGUUGAUUUAUCUUUCCUUGCUAUCUUCGGAUGGAGACUUUAAAAUUAAAUGCAUUAGAAAACUAUUUGAGGAAUGACCACAAGGUUUUAAGCGACUAAAAAUAUAUACAGUAAAACCCCUUUUACACGUCUCUGGGAAAUCGGGGGAGAGUUGCAAAUCAGUUGAAUUUGUAGUGGGGCGGGAAUCUAAAGCAAAACAAGCACUGUCUUAGUUAAUGGGAAAGUAACAAUCAAGAAUAUUGUGUUGACUGAAUAAAAUAGUUACUGUGGGCUUUCCUCAGAUUAGACAACCACCAUAACCUUUUUGAAGGUCAGUUUAUACUUUUCUAAAUAUUGGUUGGGACAUCAGCCUCCGAAACAUAUCUAUUAAGCACUUGUUAACACCUUAUUUUGGGACCCUGUCUUUUGGGGUGGGUAUGAAGGGGAAGGUUUAUAGAAGAGUAUAUAUCUCUUUAAAAAAAAAAAAAAGAAAAAGAAAAAUAUUUUCUGAGCACUCAUUAGCCCUAUACAGAAGCUUGUUUUUUCAUUUAUAGGGCCAAUUAUCACUGCAGAUUGCGAUGUUUACCAAGAAUUUCUUAAAAAUGAGUGCAGAUUACUGAAUAUAAUACAUUAUUUAAAAUAUUUGGGAGUAGUAUAAUUUGUGGAGAAAUGUAAAUUGUAAUAAUGUAAAUGGGGGUUUCACUAUAUAUAUUAUACACACACACACAUACAUACACACACACAUACACACAUAUAUCGCACUUCAUAGAAUCAGAGUUGCUCUCUUAAGGGAGCUUUGGCUCCUGAUAUUUUAU